CUCCGGGGCUGAAUGGGCGAGAGCGUGGCGCCGGGGGCGGGCUGGGGCGCGGGGCGCGGGGCUGGCGGCUUGCCAGCGCUCCCUCCCUAGCAUGCACACGGAGGCGGCGGGCAGCCCGGCGCGGAGGCCCCAAAAGCCGCGAAGCCAAGUAGCGGCACCUGCCUGCAGAGCAAUGCCAAGUGAGUUCACCUCUGCAAAGCUGAGAAGUGAUUGCCCAGGGACCUCCCUGCAAUGGUACACCCGAACCCAGCACAAGAUGAGAAGACCCAGCUUGUUAUUAAAAGACGUCCUCAAGUGCACGAUGGUUGUGUUCCUAGUAUGGCUCAUGUACAUCCUCAAGAUGAAUUACACUACUGAAGAAUGUGACAUGAAAAGAGUGCAUUAUGUGGACCCUGACCAGAUAAAGAGAGUUCAGAGAUAUGCCCAGGAAGUCUUACAGAAGGAAUGUCGGCCCAGGUAUGCGAAGAAAGCUAUGGCUCUGUUAUUUGAGGACAGGUACAGCAUCGACUUGGAGCCUUUUGUGCAGAAGGUCCCCACGGCCAGUGAAGCUGAGCUUAAGUACGACCCGCCUUUUGGAUUCCGGAAGUUCUCCAGUAAAGUCCAGAGCCUGUUGGAUAUGCUGCCUGAGCAUGACUUUCCUGAACACUUGAGAGCCAAGCACUGCAAGCGCUGUGUGGUUAUCGGGAACGGGGGCAUCCUUCGAGGACUAAAGCUGGGCCACGCCCUCAACCAGUUCGAUGUGGUAAUAAGGUUAAACAGUGCACCGAUAGAGGGUUACUCUGAACACGUUGGAAAUAAAACUACUAUAAGGAUGACUUAUCCGGAAGGGGCUCCACUGUCGGAUGUUGAAUACUACGCCAAUGACUUGUUCGUUACUGUUUUAUUUAAGAGUGUUGAUUUCAAGUGGCUUCAAGCAAUGGUAAAAAAUGAAAGCCUGCCAUUUUGGGUUCGUCUCUUCUUUUGGAAGCAGGUGGCAGAAAAAAUCCCACUGCAGCCGAAGCAGUUCAGGAUUUUGAACCCAGUUAUCAUCAAAGAAACUGCCUUCAACAUCCUUCAGUACCCAGAACCUCAGUCAAGAUUCUGGGGUCUUGAUAAGAAUAUCCCUACGAUCGGCGUCAUUGCCAUUGUCUUAGCUACGCAUCUGUGUGAUGAAGUCAGCCUGGCAGGCUUUGGAUAUGACCUCAGUCAACCCAGGAUCCCUCUGCACUACUUUGACAGUCAGUGCAUGGGCGCCAUGAACUGGCAAGCCAUGCACAAUGUGACCACAGAGACCAGGUUCCUCCUGAAGCUCAUCAAGGAGGGCGUGGUGGAGGAUCUCAGCGGGGGCAUCCACUGAGAACUGUGACAAGACGGCGUGGUGGAGGGUCUCAGCGGGGGGCAUCCACUGAGAACUGUGACAAGAGGGCGUGGUGGAGGACCUCAGUGGGGGCAUCCACUGAGAACUGUGAACACAGCAAACCUCACUGAGAAAUGCAGCUGUGAGCUGUGGUGAACAGCCUCCAGGGAGUUAACCCCGAAGCUGCUUUGACAUGCAGCUAGUGUUUGUUUUUUUUUUUUAACUCAAUUUUAAAAAAAGAAAAAGAAAGAACAACAGCAACGACAAACUUCCCGCUCGUCCCACCUCUUUGUCCCAUUUAUUUGAAGUCAGUGUUGGGUUUUGCACAAUUUUAUAAGUUAAUUUUAAGAAUGGGAUUGGAAGGACUUUUCAAAGAGAAUUGUAUGGUUUAUUGUAUUUUAAGGAAGUAAUUUAAUAAUGCAAAAAUUGUGCACACGUACUCUGCCCAGGUGUUGAGGCGGGAGGAGAGGGGCUUCUGCCCCUUUGAUGACGGCCCCCGAUGCCUGAUUCUGGGGUCUGAUGCUCUCUUUGCUAGAACUGAUGGCAGAGAAACUUGCUGCCUCCUGGAUGAAGGGCUUACUCAUCACCACUGGCAGCUGC